UCUGCCAGCUUAUAUUUUGUUAUGCGUGUGUUUUUAGUUGUAGCGUUACUCUUGCAGGCCUCCCGAGGCUGGGAGGUCCUGGUGGCUAAUGUUCUCAGUACAGGAUCUCACCAAACCGUAUCAGCUUAUCUCACAAACUUGCUGAUCGAUCGCGGACACUCGGUGACGUAUGUUUCAACUAAUAUUCCAGGUUACUUACGGGAGGGGGUGGAUAAAAGGGAGCUGCCGACUUGUACCAAGGCUAUGAAUCAGAACGAUCCAAGGAAUAGUGGAGGUGGAGAAAAUGAGGGACUGGUCGCUGGCGUGAAAAAAGUGUUGGGUGCGAUUGAUAGUCUGUUGCGUUCUUGUGAAAGAUGGUACGAUGAGCCCAAUGUUCAAGAAAUCCUAAGAUCAAAUAAAAAAUACGAUGUUAUGAUAACUUUUGGUUUGUUUGACACAUGUUCACUUGGACUUGCAAGUCACCUGGGAAUAAACAACACGAUAAUCCACAGCUCAUUUCCAGCUCUGAUGCCCAAUCACAUCCAAAUGCUGGGUCUGCCUCUCUACAGCUCCAGCGUAGACAUCAACGAUAUCUUGAUACGAGACAGCGAACUUGUCAAGAGCUCAAUAACUGCUCGAGCUAAGAAUCUGCUGAAGCGUGUGGUGUUUGGUCUGUUGUACACCACCUUAACUAACUGGUAUAUUGAACCAGUGAUUAAACAACACGUCCCGGAUUACCAAGGAUAUAACAGGGCUUACAAGUCAGUGAAACUAGUAACAAUGCGGUCCCACCCCCACCCUCAGGUAGACGGUCCAACACCGUACGGACCAGGAGUGUUGACACUGGGGGGCUCCCUCUGUAAAGCUUACAACCCUGCUGACAUAGCGGCACAUUUAAUGGAGUAUGUUGACUCUGCUUCCGAGGGUUUCAUCUACAUUUCAUUUGGGUCUGUCCAGAAGGAUAGCCCGCCUGAAGAACAGGCCAAAUGGAUUGAAACCUUUGAAGAUCUCCCCUACAAAGUAGUCUGGAAGCAAAGCAAACAAGUAGAGAACCUCCCAGAUAAUAUCAGAGUGUUCCCUUGGGUAGCUCAGAUGGCACUGCUCCAGCACCCGAAUAUAAAACUCUUCAUAACACACGGCGGGUAUGCCAGUAAAAUGGAGGCCAUAUGUUCAGGUGUUCCCCAACUUGUGGUACCUAAAUUUGCAUCAGAUCAGUAUUACACCGCCGAGAGAAUUGCUUCUCUGGGGCUGGGUGAGCAGAUACCUGACCUUGACAACACAACUGCUCCGGAAAUAAGAUCUAAAAUAUAUCAGAUAACAGGAAGUGGUGGUUACUACGAGAAAAUGGCGGAUGUUAAGCGUCAAUUACUGUUAACUAGAGUGACGGACUUGCAAGUGUUAGGGUAUGUGGAUGCGGUGGUGAAUGGACAUAGUUUCUUGCCAGGGUACCAGCCUUGGUACCAGUAUUAUUAUCUGGAUAUUAUCUUUAUUCCUAUCCUGACAAUACUAGUAAUCAGGUUUAUUUAUAAGAGGGUGUUUUCUAAAUCAGAGUAAUUAAUCUGAGGCUGAACUUAUUGAUCAUGGUAUAAAAUACUGCUUUUAUUCAAUUAUGAAAGUUGAGAGAAGCCUUAAGCUCAGGACUUAAUGCUGUUAUCAGUUAUAAUAUAUUAUCUCGUAAUAAAAUUAUAAUAUAUUAGUGAUUCUGUUCGUUAACAACCAGCGCCUGUCCGAAUAAUGUGAAAAAAGAAAGAUUUUUAAUUCUUAAAAGUCAAACAAAAUAAUAUUGCUUCUUUCAAUGUGAUUUAUAAAUAUUCAAAUAGUAA